CCUCCCCGACAGGGGCGGGGCUGAGGGAGAGAGUGCCACGUCCCUAGUGCGGCGCUUUGUGAGGAGCAGCGCCGCCUCCUCCGCCGGCCGGAGCCAUGGGCGCCUCGCAGAGCGUGGACAUCCCCGGCGGAGGCACCGAGGGCUACCAUGUCCUGCGGGUACAAGAAAAUUCACCAGGACAUAGGGCUGGACUGGAGCCAUUCUUUGAUUUUAUUGUUUCUAUUAAUGGUUCGAGAUUGAAUAAAGACAAUGACACACUCAAGGAUCUGUUGAAAGCAAAUGUUGAAAAGCCUGUAAAAAUGCAAGUGUACAGUAGCAAAACGCUGGAACUGAGAGAAACAUCAGUAACUCCCAGUAAUAUGUGGGGUGGACAGGGCCUGCUGGGAGUGAGUAUUCGUUUCUGCAGUUUCGAUGGAGCCAACGAAAAUGUGUGGCAUGUAUUGGAAGUCGAAUCAAAUUCUCCUGCUGCACUAGCAGGUCUUAGACCACAUAGUGACUAUGUCAUCGGAGCAGAUACUGUCAUGAAUGAGUCCGAAGAUCUGUUCUCUCUUAUUGAAACACACGAAGGAAAACCAUUAAAACUUUAUGUGUACAACACAGACACGGAUAAUUGUCGAGAGGUGAUUAUUACCCCCAAUUCUGCAUGGGGUGGAGAAGGCAGCCUAGGAUGUGGUAUUGGCUAUGGGUAUUUACAUCGGAUACCUACACGUCCAUUUGAAGAGGGAAAGAAAAUUUCUCUCCCUGGGCAAUUGCAUAGUGCACCCAUCAGUCCACUCAAAGAUGGAUUUACAGAGGUUCAACUGUCUUCAGUUAAUCCCCCAUCCACAUUACCGCCUGGAACAACAGGAAUUGAACAGGGUGUGUCAGGACUGUCCAUUAGUUCAACCCCUACGACAGUCAGUAGUGUUCUCAGUACAGGUGUCCCAAGAGUACCAUUAUUGCCACCACAAGUAAAUCAGUCCCUGAGUUCAGUGCCACCAGUUAACCCAGCAACUACAUUACCAGGUGUCCCAACAGUACCAUUAUUGCCACCACAAGUAAAUCAGUCCCUGAGUUCAGUGCCACCAGUUAACCCAGCAACUACAUUACCAGGUCUGAUGUCAUUACCAACUGGACUUCCUAACCUGACCAGUCUAUCCAGUCUGAAUUUACCUGCACCACCCAUCAUUCCUGGUGCUGGAUUAUCAGAUAUCAUACAUCCUGGUUUGCCACCGCUUCCUUCCUUGCCACCUCUAAAUCUAUCUGGAAUCACACCUCUCUCAAUGCCACCUGAGUUUCUUGCACAAUUUCCUUUGGUCACAGAGGUAUCUACUCCACCUGCAGAUCUGCUUCCCCAUAGCACUACUGUAAGUGUAGAACAAACCUCUGCAGUCACCUUGGAUACUGCUAUCCCCACUUCUAAGGCAACUCCUGUUGAUGACCGAUCAAAUGAAUCUACUACAGUAAAUGAAAAAACAUCCGCAGUCACAGCUGUACAUACUUCAGAAUCAUCAUAACUUCAAAUCAUUCUGUUGGAGUGUCUUGGUAAAUUUAGCCAUGGGAUGCAUAUUUGAAGAUGCAAACUACCAUUAAUUUCAUAUUAGUUUGUACUUUAUCCGUAGGAGUCCUGUAAAUAAUACUGAGGAUAAAUAAAUAUAAGGAAAUGGGAUUUAUACUGUGUGUUGAAUGGGAGGGGAAGAAAAAGGCUUGUAUUUAAAACAACCAAAAAGAAACAUCAUGGUAGUAAAAUAGACUUCCACUGCCCAACUUGCAGGUUUAACAGGCUGACAGCCUCCACAACUUUUGCUUCUGUUAGAAAUGAAGCAGGUUUGUGAGACAAUUACAUACCAUAUUUCUUGUUCUUUUCAAGUAUAGAAACCUUGUGGCUACAGUGGGGGGAGGGGGGAUAGGGAGGAGUGUUUACUUUUGUUUUAGUUGUAAAUUUUAGCAUUACAAAACUUCCAACUAAAAAUGUUUUAUUAAAGUUACUGAAUGAUCUAUCAAUUGAGCAUCUUUUCAUUCAGCUUGUAUGCAGAUCUUUAUCUUAAACUUUUAAGAAAAAAUAGUCGGGCAACAUUUUGUAACUGCUGCUGGAUUGCUUUACACCCCCACUGUAUAAUGGUCUUUGGAAGAAAAUGAAUGUUAAAUGUUGCACAGUUUUAAACCAGAAGGUGGCACUUUGACUAUUGUAAGAUAAGUUACAUAGAGGAAAACAUACAUACAGCAAUAAAGUCCUGGAAUUUUAUUCUGAGACCAAAAUAGCACAAUAUUUUUGUUCAGUGGGUAAGACGUGACAACUUUCUGUUCACUUUUCAGUGACUUGUUUUUUCUCUAUCCUAGAGAAAAUAGGGUUUCUUUGUCACACAAAAGGAUGGGAGGCAUGACCUAGUACUAGUGAUGCAUUUAGCACUGGUAAGUCUCAUCUCAGAAUGAUCUUUGUGGCACAGACUUGCAUUUCAGUUGCUUCUCAGGAUGAAGGGGCUUGUUUUGACUCUGUUACAUCAAUAAAGUGCUUUACAAAAUG